ACCUCUUCAGUUUCUUCUAUGGCGCAGUGUCGUUUCUCUCACUUUCAGAUUUUCGAUAAUGCAGUGUGAAGUCGCCUAUUCAGUGUGAAAUUCUUGUGCCAGUUCUCUCCCCCCACCGUCUCCCCGCGCCGCCCAUCCCUUUGCUCGAGGGUGGGGCUGACUGUUGCUCCCGUUACCCGCGCGUCCCUUUCCCACCCGCAUUCACAACGUGUAGGAAAGUCAGAGUGAGGUUUUUGUACUGAGGAACCAUGCCACUCUUUGGGAACACUUUCAGUCCCAAGAAAACUCCACCCAGAAAAUCAGCUUCACUUUCCAACCUGCACUCGCUAGAUAGAUCUACCCGUGAGAUUGAGCUUGGCCUAGACUAUGGCACUCCAUCCAUGAACCUUGCUGGACAAAGCCUGAAGUUCGAGAAUGGUCAGUGGAUUACAGAAUCAUUUGGGGGCACUGGAGACCGCAGAGAGACCCAGCGACUUCGCAAAAGGAACCAGCAGCUUGAGGAAGAGAACAAUCUUUUGCGGCUUAAAGUGGAUCUUUUGUUAGAUAUGCUCUCUGAAACAACCGCAGAAUCUCAUCUGAUGGAGAAGGAACUGGAGGAAGUGAAAAAUUAUAGCCGGAGGAGAAAGUGAGCAGGACAUGAUGGUCUCCAGGUGACGGCAGGAAGAAAACAUCAUGAGGAUCUGGUUUAAAAAACAUGGACUUCCCAGAAAUGAUGGCAUCACAUCUGCCUAGGAAGAUUACAGUAUUCUGGUCUCACAUCUUGCUUGCAUCCCAAUAGGACAUGUAACCAAGGGUGAAAUAUUAAUGAGCUCUCAGGUAUAGCAAAGAAGCAGAUUCGCAGUGCCAUCCUAGGCACAGUUACAUCCUUCCAAGUCCACUGAACUCAGUGAGCUUAGAAGGGUGUAACUAUGCUUAGGAUGUCAUAGUAUUUUACCCCAUUCUUUGUGAAGGUUCUUUUUAAAGUGCACUUAACAUUCUUUUGCAAUGCAUGUUUGUUCCAGCCAAUAAAGUUUCUUGCAGAUAAUGUGAAUUUUUGUCUCCCCUCCCCUCUAUAGGGGAGAGGGGGUCUCAUGCAGAGAUCUUCCACACCAGUCUUUCUGAACAUCUCUUUCAGAUCUGUUGCUGUCUCAGUUGUGUUGUGUGCCUUUGAACUCUUUCAUUUUCUUAUCUGGAAAUAUAAGGUCUGGGCUUCACUUCCUGCCAGUGAGCUGACUAAGGUUCAGUACUGGGGGUAAGCAUCACUCUUGGAUACCCUUCCUGUAGCUCUUAACUAAAGUGUGUAUGAGUGAAGGAAACUAAUUUGAUAUCUGAUUAUAAAUAAUCUGGAAGAAUUAUGUGUGGCUUACUAAAGCUGCAUGUUGCAAACAGUUUGCAGUCAUCCUGGAUGUGGCCUGAACUCUAAAGGUGACAGACAGUGUCAUAGUACCCUUGGCUAUGUUAUCUGUCCCAUCACUAUGCUGUAUUGUCUCACAGGUAUGGAUUUAAGUCCUUCCAUUUCUGUUCUUUUCCUGAUAUGUAAUUGAUAUUGCUCAUUAAUGGAAAAUAGUUAAAUAGGACUCAGAUUGCCUCCUGAGUUCCAGGUGCAUUUCCCUGUUGACUCUUGUUUUAGCAAAAUAAUCAUUAGCUAAUUCUUUCCCGCCAGGUGUUCAAUUCUGUACCACCAUCAGGCAGUUUAAAGACAGAAUGUUGUUGUGCAAUGGUCUGUGUGUGUUUUAAAAGGUGUUGAAGUGAUUCUGUGCCCAAUUGUAGGUUGUUUUAUUGAUUUUUCUGUUGCAUGUUUUUCAAGUGAUGUAAUUGCCAAGAACAGGAAUGGUGUAUUUCUAAACUCCAUGAGUAACAAGGUAUGUUUUGGACUUUGACAGAUUUUAUCUCCAGAAACAGGGCUGCAGCCCUAAAUUUGGCAUCUUUCAUAAUAAAAUUUCAUGCGUUUUCUAAAA